AUUCAAAAAAAAAGUUCAAGAACGAAACUCUCUCUCGGAAUUUAAAAUUUGAGAGUUUUUUUGAUCAUCAAACUAGACAAUCGGGCACACAUAAAGGAAUCUUUUUUGAAUUCAAAGAGCUUAUGGAAGAGGACUCAUGAGUAUUAAUUUAACAAGCAACAGGAUGACUUUUUAUGAUAAUCAUCAUGGUGUGCAAAAUGAGAGUGUCGUGAAUGGUAGUGGUGGUAGUGUUGGUGGACCUCAUGAAGUGGAGGCUUUGAAACAACAAUUGGAAAAGGAAAAACAAAUGAAUAAGAAAUUAAUGUCGAAUAUCAAGAAAAUUAAAAAGAAAAUGAUUGAUGUUUCGGCUUUAAUUGAAUUGCAUGAUGGAUUGAAAAAGAGAAUAGAGGAACAAAAUGGUGAGCUUCAAAAAUUCUAUCAACAAAAUCAAAUACUUUUGACUGAAAAUGCUAAUUUGAAGAAGAAUGCUCCACCACCACCAAAACAAUCAAAUGAUUCAUCUGAGCAGUUGGCUCAAUUACAAAAAUUACGAUUUGAAAAAAUAGAGUUGGAAAAUAAGGUGAAAACCCUUAAAGAAAAAAUUGAAAGAGUGAAUUCUGAAAAGGACACGAUGAAAAAACAAUUUGAAACUGAGGAAAAGAAAUGGAAGAAACAAGAGGCUACUCAGCAACAAGUGGAAGAACUAAGAUCCAAGUUUGCAUUAGCUCAGAAAGAAUUAACCGAAUUGAGAAGUAAGAAGGGAUUCAUGUCAUAUGCUGAUUUUGCAAUUGUCAAACCAACUGUUUCUGAAGAAAAGGAAAAGAAGAUAUGCAAAUCUGUGGCUGUUAAUACAGAGGCAUCAUUGUUGGAAAGGUACAUUGCUCAAAAGUAUCCUAGUAGAGCUGUCUCUACACCAAUUAGCAAACCAAAAGAAGUUGUCAUUCCUGCUAGUAGCCAAAAUGACGAUGAUGAUGAAUUUGAACCACUUGGAUCUAUGGAUACAUCGAUUGAUAUAAUUACUCCUCCUCAAUUGCCAUCAAAGCCAUUGUUACUACCUAAACCAACUCUACCUUUACAACCAGUUACCGUUACCACCACAACUACAACCCUUAAGAGAAAGAAUGAAGAAAAGGAGAAGGAGAAACAACUCGAGAGGAAAUUGAAAAAGAUGAAAAAGCCAACUUCUGAAGAAUUUGAAGAAGUUUUGCCAUCUUCCAAACCUGUUUCUACACCCUCAAUAAUUCAAAUGCCAUCCCCAUCUCACAUUUCAAUAGUUGAAAAGAGAAUUAAUAAGGAUGCAGUGGAAAAAUCAAGGGAAGAAAUGCCACCACCUAAAACAGUUCCAACUACAGUGGCUAGUUCAAAUAAUGAACUGUCAACACCACAAUUACCACCAAUAUUCUUUGAAAAAUUGGAGAAUCAAACUGUGGAGAUUUAUAUCGAGAAUAUCUUUAUCAACUUUAUUUGUAAAUUUGAGCCAUUCUUUAGUGAGACCAAGCAUCAAUCAUCUCUACUAGGAGAUGUCAAUAGAGCUUGUAAAAAAAUUUGGACAAAUUACCCUAAGCAAACGAAUGAAAUAGCCAAUGGUAUUUUAACAAUUAUUGCCAAGUUGAUCGCAAGUAAGGCAUCAUGUGAAAAGUGGGGAUUAUGUAUAAUUUUAUUAGAUCACAUGGAUAUUUAUAGUUUUUCCAACCAACUAUUGGAAACCAUUUUUGCUAAUUUGUAUAUUACAAUCACUUCAUUUAUUACCGGUAUUGAGAGUAGUGACCAAUCAUUCAAAAAGUUGAUGGCUCUUUUGGCUGGUAUUAGUACAAUUAGUAAUGCUAAAUUUGCCAGACCUGACUUUUGCAUGUUUUCCAGGGUAAAGGAGAUAUUUUACUACAUAUUACAAUAUAGCUUACAAAAUACGAGAAACCAAUUUGGAAUGAUUAAGUAUUCUAAUUUCCAACUUUUACUUGCCAUGCUAACUUCAAACAGGAGGUUAAUUACAAAUGGAUUUGACACCUACUCUCCUCUAGAUUUGGCAAUUUAUUUUACAUUCUGUAGUAUGCAAAGCAAACUUAGUUCGAGUCAAAACUUAUUAGAUGCCGAGAAUACCAAGGCUAUUGGAGAUAUUGAAAAACUCAAGGAUCUUUACAAGUUAAAGGAUCAAACAAAUCUCACACCACCUUCCCUCUCGCAGACCAUUAUUGAGAGUAUUCAUACAGGUACAGAUGAAAAAUCCAUAGCACAAGCAUCGAAUGCAUUGGGCUUGCUCACUUGUUUAGUAGAUGAUUGGAACUUUACAUUUAAUACUGUGAUUUUGAAUGGAUUAUGGUCUCUCGUACUCAAAUAUCUGAAUGAUGGAAAUUCUAAACUGAUAGCAGUCUUGUCCAUCAUUUCAAAGCUCGCCAUUUACAGAUCACAACAAAUACCACUGGAAAACAAAUCCAACCAAAAUGAAUGGGAUAGUUUGGAAAUUUAUCAUGAUGGCCUUGGAGAUUUAUUGGAAAAGUUCAACUCCAUUCUCUUACUGGAAAAUGUUUUCUCAAUGGAAGCGUCGAAACUUGUUGCAGAUACUAUGAUUGAAAUUGUUGUUAACAAAUUAGCCCUUUCCAAAUUACUUCCUUAUCAAGAAAAGCAAGAAUAUUUCAUUCAAACACUCAAAGUCCAUCUAGACACGGCAAAAGAUUGGAUUCAAAAACAUAUGGUAGAAUCAGACCUAUUCAAAAUAAUUAAUGUUGUUUAAUUGAGAUUAAUUGAGGACUGGUACUUUUUCCUGUUGUUUAUCUUCUACUUCAGUUAAAGAUUCAAUUUCUGUAAGUAACAGUGAUAAAUAAACAUCAAUCUUUUUGCAUCCAACACUAUCACCCUUCUUUUUCAACUCUUGUUGUUGCUUUUCAUAUUGUAAUAUCUUUUGUUGCAGUUUUGGUACCACCUCUAAAGGUUUGAAUUUGUUCAUCUUUUUCUUGAGAUUGAGCAUUUUAAGUUUCAAUGUACAAAACUCCUUAAUUUCUUCAUUGUUGGAGUUGUCUCGUUCAUAUUCCAAAAUGGAAAAGCUGUCUGUUGGUAGAUCAUCCGUAGUUGGGAAGGAUGAAAUUGGUUCUUCUGGCUUGUUGCUUUCCGAUGUUUUGGAGCCUUCCUUUUGAGGUGUUGUAGGUUGUUUUUCAGUGGAUGUUGGCUCCAAAUUUCCCAUUUCUAAUCUUUCCAAUUCUUUACUCAGCUCUUCUUCAUUAAAUUCCAAACCUUGAGCCUUGUUCAUUUCUUCCAUUCCAGAAUCGAUUAUAUUUUUGAUUUCCUUAUAGUCAGAGAGUGCCUCUGCAAUAUUUUCAAG